UAUGACCUCUGUCUGUCAUUGUCAAUAUUGUCAUUGAGUGCUAAAAAAGAUAAAUAAACAAAUAUUAUAAAAAAUAAAUUGAUUUAAGAUUUAUUAAUGUGUAAUUUGUAAAUAGUAAUAAAUUAAUAAUUAAAUAGGAUUAUAAUAUAUUCUUUUCAACAUGUCGUUCAAUGACCAUGAAUUACAUAAAUACCAAAAAUUCCUGCUAAAUAGACAGUCAUCAUAUUCAAAACUUGCCGAAAGUAUUGAAAAUUGUUUAAAAAGCGAAGAUAAGGUGGCAAAACACUUUAUGCAUAAAGUUAUGAUACACAAUUGGCAACACACUUUACACCAGUUAUUUGAUAGAAUGCAUACAUACUUUGGAGUAGCAAUAAUUCCAAUAAAUUGUUCAACGCAGGGUGACAUUGCUACCUUCUACACCUCCAGUUUGACUGUCAUAUCUGAAAUAAUCAAGUUUGACUUUAUGUUUCCGUAUUGUCGGACCAUGUACAACAUAGACAUUUUAUUCUGUGACAAAACUUCUAUGGACUUCUUCGGGAAAAUGAUUACAGUUGAUGAUAUUGUAAACGGUGUUGUCAGUCAAAGAUUCAAUGAAUUGUGUGAGCUAGAUUUAUCUAACUUCUGCGAUGAUAAUGAGUUUACCAGUAAAAGAAUAUUUUUCUACAAAAUCUCUUUACUUGCUAAUUUUAAAAUAUUAAUGCUGAGAAUGGGAAGGGACACGAAGAUAUUAAAUUUAAGCCAUAAUAAUUUAAGUGUAGUACCACUGGAUGUGCUGAACUUCUUCAUAAAGGCAGAUUUAUCUGCUGUGAACUUAAGCUACAACAGUAUUCCUUCAAUUUCCGAAUUGGCAAGAGUGAGCAGUAAGAUAGAAAAACUUUGGUUGGAGGGGAAUCCUUUGUGCGCGGAAUUGGAUGCAGUGUCCUAUGUCAAAACAGUUACUAUGAAGUUUCCAAGACUAACUGAACUGGACGGUGUGCCUUUAAAUCAGAACGGCAUAGUGUAUCCAUUCUACAGAAACUAUCUGUGUGCUUCGGAGAGAAAAACUAAGAUGUUAGUUGAAAAGUUCGUGACUUUAUAUUUCUCAAACUAUGACCAGCCGCCCAAGAUACGUAAGAGGAAGAUUGAACCACUGUAUGAUGAGAAUGCUGUGUUUACAUUGACAUGUGACUUGCCCGAAACGGACAAGAUGAACUACCACUAUACACAAUGUUCCCGCAACAUGUUGUACCCAUCAAAACGAGCGCAAUACGUGCAGAGAGCAAAAACUUACACUAGUAAACAGAACAUUAGCAAUAUCCUAUCGACUUUCCCUGAAACACUGCACGAUAGGAGCACUUUCACCGUCGAUGUUCUGGCACACAGUAAUAAAACACUUCACUUAAUUAUUGAUGGAAUUUUCAAAGAAAAGUUCACCGGUAUUACUUUUCAAUUCAGAAGGACAUUUAUAUUCACUAUCUACACAGUUAAGGAUAACUCCUUAUACCAUAUUACGAAUGAUAUGUACACCAUUACAUUUCCUAGUCAGGAAAUGAUAAGUGCAAGCUUUCUGCAUCCAGUAAGGAAUAUGAAUUCUUUAUCACUUAUAAAUCCUACCCCUGAAGAGUGUGACGCAUUAAUUAACGCUUUCCAACAACUUACGCAAUUGAGGAAAACUGAAGUUGAAUUGCGAUUAAAAUACCACAGCUGGGAUAUAAGGGAUGCGCUAAAAAGCUUUAUGGCAGAUGCAAAAACAAAAAAUAUGCCGUCAGAUUUGUUUAUGGAUUCUGAUUUUUCUGACAGUUCGUCACUAUUAGAUGAAGUUGAUUAAUAACAAAAUAAAAUUAUUGAAUAUUUUAA